AUGUGUGAGCUCAGUCCACUUUGUGUGAAGCUAUGCCUACUGGCCUUGUUGUUUGUGAACCGCAAUCCAAGUGCUUACGAAAUCCGUCUGAAAGAUAACACAGCCAAGGGGACUCAGCUGGCUCCCAAUGUCCUACCGGAACUACGGGGAGAAAAUCGUAUCUAUUCCCUUCUUCAGACACGUGGAAGUCAGUAUUUCGCAUUGAACAAUCGCACAGGUCAGUUGACCAGCGCACGCCACAUUGAUCGGGACAUGUUGUGCGUGGAAUCUGGUUUGUGCUGUCCAAUUGGUCUGACCACCGCAACCGCAUUGGAUAGCAUCGGUCGAACCCAUACACACUCGUCAUCCAUUCAGUUAGCUCAGGCAUGUGUUGGUCAACAGCGAUACGAACCGAGCGUGCUGGCCCAAGCCUGCGUGUUCAAUCUGAGUGUGUCCGUUGUGACUGCUACCGGACAACAACCGGAUAUACAUCAGAUCACUGUGACCAUAUGUGAAGAGAAUGAUCACGCACCACAAUUCAAGAUUCCAGACGCCGAAAACGUUCCCGGUUCUUCAUCAGUCGCCCGAUCAAACAAAGAUCUGUUUUUAUCCGAGACUGUUCAGUACACAAUAAACGUGUCAGAAGCUGUACCUGUUGACCAUUACAUUCCCCUUCCCUUGGCUGAGGAUAUUGACGCACCCCCGUUCAAUGUGCAACGUUACGAACUGGAACGUUUGGAGCCGGCGAUUCUAAACACCCAGCCCAACAGCUACGCGCAUUCUCGUACCAGUCAGACACCGUUUAGUCUGAAACUGACCUGGGAUAAUGGUGGUGCUCGACUCGGGCUGAAUGGAGACACGCAUCCAUUCGCAGCAGACGAACCACGAAGCAAUAUUAUCCGUUUGGGAUUGGUCCUCGUGGAACCGCUGGAUCGCGAGUCUGUCUCACGUUAUCAAUACCGAGUGUUGGCGAUUGACGGUGGGAGUGCGCCACACACGGGCACUUUGUUGCUCGAAAUUCGAGUGGUAGAUACGAAUGAUCAUGCCCCGCAAUUCACCAAGGCUGUUUAUGAGACCACGGUGGACGAGGGUAUGACAGGUAAUGAGAUUAUUCAACUGAUGGCAGUAGAUGCCGACGAGGGUCCGAACGCAGUGAUCCGAUACGAUUGGCCGGAAAAUUUUAAUGCGGUCGCCCGAACUCGGUCCAAUCGGACACAUUUUCCCAGCAUGAAGGAGCCAGCCUCACGUGAUGAAUUGAUGGCCGCCCCACCUAGUUACUGGUUUCAUUUGAAUGAGGAUACUGGUAAGAUCUCGAUUCGACGCCCAUUGGACUAUGAAAUCAAAUCACAGUAUCGAUUUCACGUGCUCGCACACAAUCCCAUAUCCGUCAAGAAUGGAGAUUUGGGUGAUCGUCGUGGUCCUUUGCAUCGGAUCAUGUCCGCCACAGCCAGCGUGAUUGUCAAUGUCCGGAACAUAGAUGAUGAACCCCCACAAAUCAAAAUUGAUUAUGCGAGUGGAUCGAAUCAAAAGUACAAAGAAAUCACCGAGAACUCAGCCAGUUCGUUCUUUGUCGCUUUUGUCACCGUCUCCGAUCCGGAUGUGGACAGCGAGUUGGCCAAAAUGUCCAUACACCGAGGCUCCAGCGAACUGAAUGCGUUCGCCGAUCCAGCCAACUACGGAUCACAUACGGUCCGUGUUUUGGAUGAGAAUGACUGCACACCAGAAUUGAAAGUUUUCUCACCAAUCACCGCACACAGCGCUCGUCAAGAUCCCUUAGAUCCUUGGUCGUUUACAAAAUUAGGUCAAUGGAUUGAGAAGCAACGAGACACGUCCGUUCCGGUACACCCUUCUCUAUUAAACGCAUAUCUGGCCCAGGUGCCUGUUUUUACUGUGCAUGUGGCGGAGAAUCAACCAUCUGGCACAGUCUUCGCCCGGAUUCGAGCCCAGGAUCUGGAUGCGGGAGAGAACGGUCGUGUAACAUUCGAUUUGCCCCGACAGCCACCACUGAUCAACGGAUCUCACUCAUCCGCCGCACUAUUUCCCGAUCAAGCAGCUCAUUCGUAUGAGAAAAUCGAACUUCCAAGCAGUCCGGAGGCUUCCAAAUUGUUCACUAUCGAUCCUACUCGUGGUGAUGUGAGCACACGGAAAGUGAUCGAUCGAGAAGAAGGUGAUGCUAUUUUGGAGCAGAGCUUUCUUGUCGUACGAGCAACGGAUCACGGGAGUCCAGCACGCACGGCGUUACUCUUACUUCACAUCCUAGUUGACGAUGAGAAUGACAACCCACCGAUGUUUUUUGAGUCCAAAAUGCAUUUUAAUAUCCGGGAGAACCUACCCGCUCCUACAAUAGUUGGUGAGAUUCGUAUCAUUGAUCCGGACUUACGUCCGGUUGGUGCAUUCGAACCAGAUCAGGCAACCUAUGGGCUGCAAGGACCCACGUAUCCGGAGCGUUUGGAUUACGCGAUACUAUAUCCCCGCGGUCAAUUGCAUCGCAAAACACCACUUCAUGUGCGUAUCGAUCCCAGUCAUAAUCGACGCGAUCUCCCGUUCGUUCUUUAUCCAACCGCAGAUGGACGAUUCUUUUUAAACACCACACGCCCACUGGAUCGUGAAUCCGAAGAGGCAUUUCAGUUCAUCCUGAUCGCGGUCGAUGGUGGUGAUGUGUUGCAGACCACCACGGAUCGCCUCGAAAUGACCGGUCCGCGAAAACCGAAACAACACACGGCAACAGCAUCGGUUCUGAUUACCGUCUUGGAUGAGAAUGACAACCACCCGGAGAUUAUAUUUCCUAACCCCAGUGCGUCGAACUCUACCAUCCAUCGAGUCUCGUUUCGUGAACAUGCCGGUUACGAAAUUGUGAAUAUUAAUGCGAACGAUCGGGAUGCUGGUGAAACCAAUGGGAAAUUCUAUUUCGAAUUAAUCCCCGGUUCCAGAUCGGAAGAUCUGUUCACAAUUGAUCGCGUCAGUGGACUGUUGCGUACUCGUCGGCGCCUGACGAAAGAAGACUUGGGCGAGUAUACGCUACAUGUGGUUGUACGGGAUCAAGGAGAUCCACCCCUGGAGACGCAACUGACUCUUCAUUUGAUAGUGGAUCAGUCUGAACCACACUGGCCGUACACAUCACGAACUAACCUGAACUAUUACAGUUCCCGAUCGGCCACAUCCCAUUCCGGUCCGGUACCAAAUGAGGCAGAUGGUUAUUUGGCUAAGGGAACAGGCUCUGCGGGUGGGGAUGGACUGUAUUCGGCCGACGGAGAGCCUAUCAGUCCAGGUGAAAUUAAAAGACCAAUUCAUGCGGACAUUAUGCUCUUUGUGAUUGUGGCGCUGAUUCUCGGACUGGUGAUUAUCAUGUUCGGUUUAUGCUUGUAUUUACGUCACAAAAAGAACCUGUUCCUAUUCUUACCGGAUUUGUGUGGUGGAUGCUCACCUUGCAUGGACGGAACAGAGAGCGGGAGCCGAACCAUGGGUGCAAAAGCUAAUUACACCAAAACCUAUAUGGAUUUGGAGCAUCGUGGUACGCACUCCACUGUCGCGGCUGCCUCUGCAGCAGCAGCUCCUUCUUCUCCAAGUUUAUUCACUAAUCUGUUGUCGGGUGAAAGUGCAGGCGGGAAAAAAUCACAUCUGUUCAAUUCGGCUUCACCUUUACAAAGCCCGAUUCCAUCUAAUCGCGGUCAUCCGGUUCGCUCAUCCACCACCGGUAUCACCACCACCUCGGGACCGUUCGGUCAACCUCAUUCCCGAAGCUCGUUCAAUGUGAACAGUCCGUAUGGGAAUUACAAUACAUCAAGAGAUCCCGUUGGACCUAACUGCCCGAUGAUUGAUGGAAUGCCCAUUCGACAGGGAAUGCAACUCUCACCGACUAUUAUUGGGUCUGAGGGUCUGUUUUGUCCAUCGUCUUCGGCCUAUCGACCGGGUACCACAAUGGCUGUAAAUAUCCCGGAUGUAGCGAACCAAGCGGAGUAUAUGCGAAAACAAUAUACCGGUUAUUGCCGAACCACUCAUCCAGGAGUUGCAUACGGGCCACCUGUGGAUCACGUGGUUGAUUCGGGUGAAUUUGCCGAUUCUGUGAACGGACCCACGAACACAUACCACGUGGGUCAUUAUGUUGGACAUCGAAUUGGGCAAACGUACGCGCCGCCCGAUGAAACGGGGACUAUGUUCGCCCCGCCAGUCUCCUUUGAGCAGUUCCCACGUUUCGGUUUCCAGCCGAUUGAAGAAGAUUUACACCCCUAUCAGCGCAUUGCACCCACUGAUCAACACUAUGUGGGUAAUCAUACACUUGCACCUCUGUCCAAUCCCAAGGCUUCCAAACAUUCUCAAGGUCGUCAUGGGAGACACAAAACUGGCCGGAUCCCGAACACCAGUUCAAACAUCCUCGAUGCCCGUGACCAAGACCCGAAUACCGGUGCUCUGAAUGACGGACAUCUGGGUGGAAGUAGUACUUGGAAAGCAAAUCAACUCACACAGUGGCGUUCAGAUCCAUCUCUGAAUCAUUUCGAGGUGAAUCCGAUUGGGCCGUAUGCGCUACGUUCCGGACAUCGAAGCACAUACGAGUUUAACAAUACUAUUCAUGCACGCCACGCUACACCCCGGAAACAAUUAAAACGAUCCAAUUCAAACAAACACGGUACGGGUCGAGGCAUAAACGGCUACUAUUCCACGUUGCAUGAAUCUGCCAAACAACCCAGCUCCCCGAAACUGAUGCUUGUCGAUUUUGCUGGUUCCAAACUGGUCCCGGAUGAUGAGUCCACUAGACCCAGUGGAAACUAUGCGGUCUCAUUUCCCAAGAUACAGGCUAGCUUUGUUUGA